AUGCAGCGUUCAUCAAAUAAUUUUGUUCAUGGUCGUCAAUCACCAUCGAAUAUUGACAGUUAUAAAACAUCAAAUGAUCUAGUAAUGAAAUCUCCUGAUACCAGAACACCACGUCAAUUAUCUUCGAAUACUGGAACAUCACCUCGAUUACCUUUUGAUCCUAGAACAUCACGUCAAUUAUCUUCGAAUACUGAAACAUCACAUCGACUACCUCCUGAUACAAGAACACCACAUCAAUUAUCUUCAAAUACUGGAACAUCACAUCGAUUACCUCCUGAUACUAGAACACCACGUCCAUUGUCUCCGAAUACGGAAACACCAGGUCGUUUAUCUCCGAACACUGAAACAUCACAUCGAUUGCCUCCUGAUACAAGAAUACAACAUCAAUUAUCUUCAAAUACUGGAACAUCACAUCGAUUACCUUCUGAUCCUAGAACAUCACGUCAAUUAUCUUCGAAUACUGAAACACCACAUCGAUUGUCUCCUGAUACAAGAGCAACGCGUCAAUUAACACCGAAUACUGGAACAUCACAUCGAUUAUCUCCUGACAUUAGAACACCACGUCAAUUGUCUCCUAAUACUGAAACAGCACAUCGAUUGUCUCCUGAUAUUCGAACAACACGUCAAUUAACGUCGAAUACUGGAACGCUACAUCAAAUGUCUCCUCAUACUAGAACAUCACGACAACUAUCCACAAUAGAAAAUAGUGAUGACGAUGAUGAUGAUGAUGAUGACGACGACGAUGAUGAUAAAAAUAAUGAAACAUUAAGAAAAUUAAUGACGCGUCAACCAUUAAAUCCUUCUCGAUCUGGAUCAUUAAGUAAUACAUCAUUAAAAUCUAUGAUUAUUGAUGGACAAUGGAAAUAUCGAGCACAUGACGAUGAUAAACUUCGAUUUAAAUCAAUGGGUAUUGAAAAUUUAGUUGUUAUUUGUCAUGAUAUGAUGAAAAAUACAUUUGAAUCAAUUCAUCGAAAACGAGAAAAACGAUCAAAAUCUUCUUCAAUAGAUGAUUUAUAUCCAAUAGUAAAAUUAGAUGAAUUUAAGAAAUUAACUAAUACUGAUCGUGCUUCUUUACGUCGUGCAAAGGUUUUUGAACUUAUGACAAUUGUUAAUGAAGCUACUUUAACAAAUGCUUCAAUAUCUCAACUUAUUCGUAUUUGGCGUGAAGUAUCUGAACAUAAUUUAAAACCUCGUCAUGUAAAACCAUCUGGAUCUCAACCUUUAAUAUCUUAUGAACAAGUUUUUGAACAUCUAAUUCGUACACCUAAUGAUCAAAUACUUCAAAUAGCUGCUCAUGCAUCUUUAAUAAGUACACAUAGUCGUUCAGAUUUAAAACGAUUAGGUGAAAAAUUAGGUAUCAAAAGACAUGAUUUUGAUAUGACUUCAAUUCGUGAAUCUACAGAAGCUUUUCAAAAUUUUAUUAAAUUUUUACGUGAACAAAAAUUAAGAAAAAAACAAGAACAACAAUUUAUUGAUAUAAAAAGAUUACCAUACAGACCAAAAAAGAAACGUGGACUUUGUGCAAAUGUUUCGGGUACAAAGUUUCGUAUUAUUUGUCAAGCUAUGGAUGUAUGUGGAUUUUUUAUAAGUCCCGAUCCUGAUUUUACUAGUAAUCUUCUAUGGAAUGAUUCAUUAAUUUCUAUGGAUAUUGUAACAGCACUUAAACCUUAUCAAAAAAUUAAUCAUUUUCCAACAAUGAAUGAAAUAUCACGUAAAGAUUUAUUAGCUAAAAAUUAUGAUAGUGUACGAAGUAUUAUUCCUAAAGAAUAUAAUUUCGCUCCUAAAACAUGGAUAUUACCAAAUGAAUAUAAUUUAUGGUAUUCGUAUGCUUCAAAUAAACCAAAACGAAAUCCAUCAGUAUAUAUUAGUAAACCAACAAAUGUUGCUUUAGGUCAAGGAAUUGCAAUUCAUUGUGAUUAUAAACGAAUUAAAUGUAAAGAUAAUUAUAUAAUUCAAGAAUAUAUACGAGAACCAUAUCUAAUAGAUGGUUUUAAAUUUGAUCUUCGAAUUUAUGCUCUAAUUACUUCGUGUGAUCCAUUACGUGUAUUUAUUUAUAAUGAUGGUCUUGUUCGUAUGAGUUCAAAAAAAUAUGAAAUACCUACUCCAAAAAAUAUAUUCGAUCUUUCUAUGCAUUUACCUAAUUUUAUGGUUGAUGAAAAUGAUCCUGAUAAUUUCGAUAUAGAUAAUGGUAAAAUAUCUUCACUUAAAUUUUUCUUUGAUCAUUUAAAAAAAGAAAAACAAGAUGUGAAUAAAUUAUGGAAAGAAAUACGAAAUAUUGUAACCAAAACUAUAUUUCUUGCUGAACCACAUAUGUUAACUUCUUAUAACAAAUGUCGACAAGGUACAUUACCAACAAGUGAAAGUGUUUGUUUUGAAUUACUUGGUUUUGAUAUAUUAAUUGAUAAAAAUUUAAAGCCAUGGAUUAUUGAAAUUAAUCGUUGUCCAAGUUUUGAUAUUAGUGAACAAAUUGAAUUUGAUAUUAAAAUGAAAUUAUUAUGCGAUACAUUUAAUUUACUUCGUUUUCGAGUAUCGGAUCGAAAGAAAAGUAUUACAAUUGAAAAAAUUGAAGCUCAACGUCGAUUGUAUUCAAGUAUUGGUAAACAUAUCGAUCAUCAAACUUAUGAAUUGGAUGAAAUAAAAGAAAAUUUAUUUCUUCUACAACGAGAAAAAACACGUGAAAUUUUUGAAAGUCAUCAUGCUGGUGGUUACAGCCGUUUAUUUCCUAUUGAUGAUGAAAGUUCUAUGAAUGAAUCAAUGAAUAUUUUAACAAAAUGUUUUCAUAUAUUAUGUGCAAAUAAAGAGGACUCAUCAUGGAAUAUGAAAUAUUAUAAAAAAUAUAAUGAACAAGAUUUAUUACAUAAAAUUGCACAAUUAGGAAAUAUUAAGCAAAUUAAACAACAAGUCCCUAAUAAUAAUCUUCGAUUUGAUCGUGCUUCAUCUCUGACUUGUUUUACAUUCGACUUAAGUGAUGACGAGAGUAAAUCUUCACGUGAAUCAUCCCGUGAAGAUAAACGUAGACAAUCUUCACCCUCACCAUCUGAUUCUUUCAUGAAAAGAGUAUCAACACAAACACCUUCUGAUAUUCUUCGAUCAACUUCAUCAUCAUCAUUAAAUCUUACAAAACCACGAUCGAAUUCACUUGCUUCUACGGGUAGUGUUAGUCGUCCAAAAUCACAAACACGUAAAAGUCAACCAGGUGUAUCAGCCAAUCGAAUAACAGAAAAAAAGGCUUAUAUUACUCCACCAUCAGAAAAUCUCGAUCAACAACGACCUCAUUCACCAAAAACUCAAAAAUCAAAUAAUAAAUCACAAAUGGUUACAUAUUCAUCUAUUUUACAAGCAACACGAAAACAACAAUUAGCUGAUCAAACAACAACAACAGUAACAACUAAUAUUACAAAAGAACUUCAAUUAAAUGAUCAUGAUUUACAUCGUUUAUAUCAUUUAAUAUUAAAUGAAAUGAAUAAAUUACGUAUUCACUAUCCAAAUAAAUCCGAUAAAGAAACAUAUCAAAUUUGUACUCAAAUUAUCGAAAAUUGGAGUGCAUAUAAAUCUGAUAUCGGUCAAUUUUGGUUAGUCGAAUUAGAUGCAAAUAAAAGACAAGCAAUUAUACAAAUUGUUUGGAAUAAUAUCCAACAAAUAAUGCAAAAAUUAUGUAGUGUCAAUGAACUUGUUCAACAAUUACCAUUAAAUCGUCAUUUAAUGAAAUUAGAACGACGAUUACUUGCUAAUCAUGGACAAUGUAUGUGGGACACAUGUCAAAAUAGAUACAAUUCAUGGGAAUCAUUAUUUGUCAAAAGUACAAAUCGUUUAUCGAAUAUUGAAUUAGAUUGUUGUUAUCGUUUUGUUGAAUUAUGUAAAGAAGCAUUAUUUAUUGUUUAUCGAUAUUCAAUCGAUGAAAAAUUCUUUAAACAAAAACAAAUCGAUCAAAAUUUAACAUUAAUGAUUAGAUCUUAA